AUCAUCAUUAUCUGUCACGUGGGAACCUCCUGAAAAAGACAAAAGAAAUGGCAUUAUCGUCAAUUAUACCGUGUGUAUCUCACAUGAAGAAAGUAAACCUUGCUUUAAAGAACAAACUACAAAGGAAAACAUGUUAGUUAUCGCAAGUUUGAAUGCCUCAACAAAAUAUUAUGUUCGUGUUCUUGCAAGUACUAAAGUUGGUCGUGGACCAUACAGUGAAAGUAGAGGGAAAUUUACAAAUGGAAGUAAGUUUUCUCUCCAUUGAGCGAAGCCUUGCAACCUUGAUUCUUUUGGUACCUUUAUUCAUACCCAUUCAUGUUAUCUGUAUGACUCAAACUUACAAUAAAUUGGAAUCAACGCAAAAAACUGGUAUAUGUUGAUUUUAGCUUAGAUAAUUAAUUAAUUAGCCUUACUCUAGCUCUCUGCCCCUAGAUGUAUUAAAUAAUUGCUACAUAUUUAACGAAUUGAUAUUUUUCUUUUUAGAACAACCAGAAAUGGCCAUAAAUGGAACAGAAAGUACACUAACUUUCCCAUUGCAGAUUCCCUCACACAAUUUUACGUAAGUUUCGUUAUGACGUUACUUCAUUGGCAAUGAUGAAUCUGAAGAUGAGAUACAUUUUAUUGGUGGUUGUGUAUUACAUAUAAGGUUCCGUAUUUUGCAAGAUGGUUUCCAUUACUCAAAACUAUAUUUCACAAUUGGACAUACAAAAAAACCUCACUGGAAAAGGUUUCAGUUUCGUAAGUAGUGUCUAAGGUUCGACACAAUAUGAGCUCCAAAAAGACACAAAAGUCACACUGAAACCUUCUUGCAGUAACGACUACCUACUGUGGAAUCCAAUUUUACAUAAGAGUACAUGCAGUCUAGUGUAUUUGAUAUUCAUCUAUCAUAUAUGAAUAUUAUUUUAGGCAUUUUUACGUCGUGGCUUUGAAAUUAAUAUACAGCCAGCAUCGAUCUCCAGCAAGUUAUGAAAACAAUGUGUUAGUAACGUACGCUGAGGCAGAACAAUCAGCCGACCCGAAACCUUACAUCGCUGCAAUACUAACAUCAAAGGAUGGAAACAUGUUUAUACUUGGUGAUGGCAGAAAUACAAGUAAUCCAACAUCACGAAGACGCAGAUCAACCUCGAGUGAUUAUUAUAAUGGUCCGCUGGAGCCUGGCACUAGUUACAGUAUUUUUCAAAGGAUUUUUAUUAACAAGGUAAAAAGUUCUAAACGAUGUAAACAGACUACAAACAUUGACUGACAAAAUACCUUAAGUUACCACCACAACUGAUAACUGACGAACGAUGAAGCAGCACUUUAGUAAACACAUCCACCACACUGACAACUUUAGCCAUGACAUUGCUCUGUUCGUUAUUAUGUCAUUCUAGGGUGAUUAUUACUCCACAGAUUGGAGCCUUGCUUCAAAAACAGUCCACGACGUCACAAUAUCACCAGUUCCACCGAACGGUCCAGGUACGCUUAAGAAUUUUAAGGACUUAGGUGGACUUAUAGUGCAAUAUCUUACUUUAUCACGUUUGAAUUUAACUGAAUGGAGAUUACUAGAUUCCAACAUAAAUACGUAGAUUACAUAAUAGUAAAACCUUAAACAGAAAUAGUGUCCCUGAAUAUUGCAUGUUUAUAUCUCGUGUAUUCUUGGAAUUCACUGUGUUAUCUUUAUUCCCUCAUAGGCGGCAGUGGAGGUAAUAGCGGUAAUAUUGGCACUAUAGUUGGUGCAAUAGUUGGCGUCUGUGUUCUUCUUAUCCUGGUUAUACUGGCAAUAAUUAUGUUCAGAAGGUAAUCACGUUGAAAAUCAGAAUAAAAUAUAUCCACUGUGUGUACCAACUGUCACCCAUUUUUUACUAUAAUCUUCUUCUUAAAGCCAUACAAAUUUUGUCAUCCUAUAUUUCAGACGAAAGGGUAAGCAACACUCUGAACCAGGAUAUCAGCAUCAGGAAGAGGUUGACAAACGAAGUGGUCCCCCGGUGAUGAAUGAUGCAUUUUGUGAUUCCAAUGAUUCUCUUGACGUGAAACAGAAUGCUAAUGAUGGUGACGAUACAGUUGAUGAUAGAGUCGAGGUAGAAGUCAACAACACAGAUCCUGAAACUGGUGAUGUUUAUGCCAAUAAAGAAAGUGAGUCUUUGGAACAAAUUUAUCACAUCUGAUACUUUUAAUAGACUGUCUAUAAUACUUCGUCUUAAAAAUUAUUAGGUAUAGCUGCGCGAGUACACAACCCUAUUCCAGUAGAAGAAUUCAACGAUCACGUGAACAAUCAGAGAAAGAACAAUAACAAAGAAUUUAAGCUGGACUUUGAGGUGCGUCUCUAAGGAUUGUUUUUUUAAUUCAACUUUUGAAGCAAAAUGUCUUCAUUAGCAAGUUAGUAGGCACUACUAACGUCCAGACGUAGGGUCUUUAUUCGUAAUGUCAAGGUAGUUUCUUCAAGUAAUUCAGGCUUAAACCACAGCAGCCACAAUAAUAUUCUACGAUGCUUCCAUUUCAAAUUUCAGGACUUACCGACCGGUCGUAUUUCCAACUGGGAUAUUGCAAAGCAAUCAUUCAACAUUCCCAAAAACAGAUAUGGAAACGCAGUAACAUGUAAGUUAGAUUUGAUAUUUCGAUGUCCAAUAAAUUAAGUUCGUUUAUGGAAAUAAUUACCAAAUAUAUUUCUUGGUUAUUUUAGAUAAUCACUCACGUGUCAUACUGUCUGGCAACGAGAAAACAGACUAUAUUAAUGCCUCGUUCAUCGAUGUAGGUUCAAACAUGCAUGGAGAAGAUUAAUGUGUUGUUCACAUAAAGAUUUUUCAACAGUUUUGUUUGAUCACUUUUUAUAACUUUUUUUGCAGGGAUUGGCUGAGAAGUAUUACAUCGCGACACAAGGUAAUGUGUAAAAGACGCAUUUGACUCGAGCUGAUGACAUUGUAAACUCCAUGUCACUGUAGCAGUAGUACAUUUCGUCUUGGCACUCGUGCAAUUAUUGAUAUAUCGUUUCAUACAAAAAGAAGUAUCAUUGAAAAUUAUUCUAAGUUCUUCCUAUAUUGCUCUUUCCAAUGCAAUCUCGUGAGGUUCAACAUGUUUUUUGUUUUCUUAGGACCAAAACCCAAAACAGUGAAUGACUUCUGGAGGAUGAUCUUUGAACACAAAUGUCCAACUAUUGUCAUGUUGACGACAUUGAAGGAAAUGGGAAAGGUUGUGUAUGAAAGAAUAUAGAUGUAGAGAGGUUAAACCCAUUUCAUUCAUUUCGUUCAUUUCCACACAUCCUCCACACACUUCAGUCUUGGUUGGUGGCGGUACUUCGCUCUACAUCUUUCUUCUUUCUCCAUAUUUUUCACCAUUGCAUUUUCAAAUUAACAAUUGCCUUGAAUGACUUCCUCUUCUUCUUCCACCUUUAGGAACCCAUUCCUUUCUUGGAAGACGUGGCCGAACCAAAUAAGCCUCUCUUACUCCUGAAUUUCUUUGUCAAAAGUCUUCUCGCUUCCUAAUCUUCAUGAGACAGAGUCUUUAAUUCAAUAUAUCCAUCAAGAGUAUGUUUUCAAAAUUGUGCAGAAUUAAGAACAGGGUUUUUCUUUACACGUCUCUUUCUUCUUGACAGACAAAGUGUGAGAAAUAUUGGCCUGAAGAAUCUGGUAUGUAUGGAGAUAUUAAAGUGACUUCCACAAAGACAAAAACAUUUGCUGAUUAUGUUACUCGGACGUUUAUCGUCGAGAAGGUAAUGUUAGUUUUUAAAUUAAUUUACUUCCAAAAUUUAUACAGAUUAAUGGAAUGAACAUAAGCACAAUCUAACUUUGCCAUUAACUGAAAGAAGAUAAACUUUUCAAAGUAGGGAACAUUAUUUUUAUUUAGGGUGGUGAACAGCGUGGAGUGCAACAAUUCCAUUUCAUGUCAUGGCCAGACUAUGGCGUUCCUCUCUAUCCAACACAGAUCUUGACGUUCAGAAGACAUUUUAAGUCUUUUCACGAGACUAAAACCGGGCCAGCUGUGAUUCAUUGCAGGUAAGGCAUGGUGACAGUCCAUUGGAUACAUCAGGAAAGACAGCAGGGGUGUAAAAAAACUGGAAAGGAAUUAAUUUAGCAUAAAGAGAGAAAACAAGAAAGUAAGAAAAAGGGAAGACCGAAGGUAAAAAGGAAGACAGGACAAUAGAAUCGAAAAAUAGAUGAAUAGAAAGAAGCAAGAAAAUAGGAUACUAAACAUUCACCAAAGAAUAUCGUUAUAAAAGAUUGUAUUUUCAUUUUCCUCGCAGUGCUGGGGUAGGUCGUUCAGGAGUGUUCAUCGCUGUGGACAAAAUUUUGGAUGGUCUUGACAAAGAAAAGAAAGAUUCCAUCGAUAUCUUUGGUUUUGUGAAGGACAUGAGAACAAAACGUGUCAACAUGGUGCAAACUCCGGUAAGCAAUUGUCAGAUUGUUUGGAAUCAAAGUUUUCUUCAGAACUCUCGCAAGUCUAUGACAUUCCAGUAACAAAUAGCCAGUCUGUAGUAUGUGCACGUGUCCAUGGCCCUGUACUAAAUACAAAUUCACUUGGUAGCAGAUGAAUCCUGCACACUCAAAGUGUCAUUACAUUACCCAUCCCUUAUCCACUUUAUAGGACCAAUAUGUGUUCAUUCAUGAUACAAUCGUUGAUCACCUCAACUGUGGAGCAAAUGAAGUUGAAGCAACUCAGAUUACGUUUGAGAUUAAAAAUUUGUUGAAGAGAAACGACAAAGGCGAAACAGGAUUUGACGAGAAAUUUAAGGUACGUUAAGUACGGGAUAUUGUCAUCUUUUUGUACUGUGCUAAGACUCACUGCUACAGCCUGUACCAACCCAGAAAACAUACAAACGAUGCAAAUUAAUGUUUUCUACUGUCUUAUACAGCGUUUGAACACAGUCACACCACAGUUGGUGAAAGAGAAAUGCGAAGCUGCACUUCUGGAUGAAAACAAAAAGAAAAACAGAAAGGCUGAAAUUUAUCCAAGUAUGUAAGAAAUGAGUUUCCAAGUUCCAUAUUUAGAAAAUUUUUUUCAACUUUACAAUCAGGAAGUUAUAAAUUCACAUUUUGAACAAAUAACAAGGUACAGGAUGAUUGCUCCAUUACAUCUCUUAAUUGAUAUACCGUACACAAUAUUUUUCCAGCUGAAUCUGGUCGUCCAUAUCUCAAACAUAUUGAAAAUGUUGAAAACUCGGAUUAUAUAAAUGCUUGUUACGUUGAUGUAAGUGUGUUAAUGACAAUUUAUUUUUAUUUUUAAAUACGUGGUUAUGCGUUUAUCAGCGUAUAGAUUGGAAACAUUUUUGUCAAUGCCACAGGCUGCCUUUGUAGCCAAUUUUUUUAACUGUAUCGUCAACACUAAUUUCUUAUUCUUUUUGUUUUUGUUUUUCAACCUCAUUAGGGAUAUCUUGGCAAGAGUUACUUUAUUGCAACGCAAACACCUCUUCAGGAGACAAUUAAUGAUUUCUGGAGGAUGGUACUUCAACAUAAGUCCUCGACAAUAGUCAUGUUAAAUCAACUACGAGAAGGUGACGAGGUUGGUGAGCCUGCAUUGCCUGACUUUGCAGGCUUGGAAUACAUAGAUAUUCUGGCUCUGUACUGACUCUGUUAAGGCUUUCAUAACUUGUGGCACUGGUCUUUGGAAUCGAAAUGUGAGGUCUAGCCCUUGAGGACCCCGGGUCAUUACAGGAAUUAGAGUGGACCUAUUUUCGUCACUAUUGUGUGACUCCCUUGCCUCAUGAAGAUGUACAUAACCAACAUUUCUGCCUUCGUUUUAGGAAUACCCGAUGUUCUGGCCAACCAAAAGAGCUACACCUCAGUCGUUUGGACCCAGUACAGUAAUGUUAGACUCAUUUGUGAAGAAAGAAAAUAUUGUCAUCAGAAAAUUCGUUGUUUCUCCGUCAGUUGUAAGUAUACACUUGAGAAUAGAGGAUCUCAAGUCUCAGCCAGUAACUUAUUCCAAACCUGCUGAAUCAGCAAUAAUAAUAAACCAGCAGAAUUAAUAAACCAGCAGAAAUAAUAAACCAGCAAUCUAUUCUCUCAGGAUUUGAAAGAAGGUCGUAUGGUGCGAUUGAUUCAAUACAUGACCUGGCCAGACCAUGGAGUGCCAAAAGAUGUUGAUGACAUUGUGAAAAUUUUGUCUGAAGUUGAAGAAUCUCAGAGGGCGGCGGAGAAAAAAGGACCUGUCACUGUCAUUUGCAGGUAAUAAUUAACCAACUUAAUAAAUCAAAUAAAAAGACCGUCUAUGAAUCGCCAGUUAAUUAAGAAGCAAUCAACCAAAUAAUUUCCAAUCAAUCUAAGCAAUGAACUACUUUUCCUCCAGUGAUGGUGCGGGAAGAAGUGGAACCUACAUCGCAAUUUCUAAUCUUGUGGACAGAGUGAAAGUUGUUCAAGUCAUUGACGUCUUUCAAUGUGUUAAAUUGAUCCGCACCAAGCGCCCACAGUUUGUUGAAACAGCGGUAAGUUAUGAUAAGAUAUUUACAGUCUUUAGAUCUUUGAAGGAAGCUGUUAAUGUUACCGGUAUAUAAUUCUACUUACAAUGGGGGGUCACCUUUAACCAAUUAAGUUGCAUUGUCUUCUUCCAGACAAUUUUACUCGUCAAGCCGGUUUUUCACUACGCGGAAUUUUUCUGUCUUUGCCAAGUAAUUCCACCCGAAAAAUCACAAGACAAAGAAAAAAUCCGCUCCGCGCGGACCAGCUUCACGGGGAGAGCGCUGCCGCUCAAAUAAGUAACUAAUUGUGCUUUUUACUUCUCAGGCUCAAUUCAAGCUGUGUUAUGAUGCAGUUACAAGUGUGUUGAGAUCAUUCAACGAAUAUUCAAACUUUGAAUCCGAAGUUCAAAAUUACAGUACUUCAUUCGUUGGUUGA